AUGAGUCAAGACACUAAAAUAAUUAAACGAACAUAAUUUACGCCUUAGGAGUCAGAUAUUAAAAAUAUCAUUCCAACCCAAGGAAAAUCAAAAGAGGAGAUGCGGAUUUUCCUUUUUGAGUUUUUUGGAAUGGCAUUAUUUGCUUAUGGGAUCAUUUGCUCAUAAGGAUCUGAUGAAUUUUUGGCAUUAUUUUUCUUUGCUUCUGUGUGUUUGGCUGCACCAUUUUCAGGAGCGCACGUUAAUCCUGCUGUAACUUUGGCAAUGCUACUCUCAAGAAGAAUAAAUUUUGGAUAGGCGGUGCUAUAUUGGUUGGCACAAUUUACUGGGGCUUUAUGUGGGGCUUGUUGUUGUUACUUAAUAUUGAAUGAGGUUGACAGUCCUUAAGUGGAGAGUAAAGAAUACAGUUGGAUAUUAUCGGAUGUAAGUGGUGAGGCUUUUGGAACAUUCACCUUUAUUCUUUUCAUUCUGAUAUAAACUGAUUCAGAAACAACGUUAACGCCUGGCGGAUAACCAAUGACAACUUACGUUUUGGUAGCGUUGGCGUUGUAUUUUUCAAGAGGAUUUACAUUUCAUUCUGGAGGUUGUUUGAACCCAGGGAUGGCAGUAUCUUUGCAGCUCUUUUAAUCAUUUUAAACAGGAGACAGGUAGAGAAUGGAAUUUUUGUGGGUAUUCGUAGGUGGUCCAUUAGGAGGGGGAUUUGGAGCAAGUGUGUUUUUUGAACUCUUUUACAAAAAAUAAAUAAGAAGACUCUGA